CGCGACUGCCGCCCCGGCCCGGCCGAGCCCCCGGACCGCGCCGCGCUCCUCCCAGGCGGGCGCGGGGAGACACUGCAGGCUUGGCUCCGCCGGCUACGGCCGGGCUUGGCGCCGGUGCGUGCGCGCUGCGGGAGGCCGGCCGGGAGCCGGAGCCCAAGCCGGAGCCGGAGCCCAAACCGGAGCCGGAGCUGGAGCGGCGGCCCCUCCGCGGAGCCGGGUCUCAGCCCCUGCGGUGGGCGUCAUGGCCGUGGACGUGGCAGAAUACCAUCUGAGCGUCAUCAAGAGCCCCCCUGACUGGGAAGUGGGUGUCUAUGCUGCCGGGGCCCUGGCACUGCUGGGAAUUGCAGCUGUGAGCCUGUGGAAGCUCUGGACGUCGGGGAGCUUCCCCAGCCCCUCUCCGUUCCCAAACUACGACUACAGGUACCUUCAGCAGAAGUAUGGUGAGAACUACGCAGAGGCCCAGCAGAAGAGAGUGCCUGCCUGGAAUGCCCAGCGGACCAGCACUAGGGGGCCACCCAGUCGCAAAGGCAGCCUCAGCAUUGAGGACACCUUUGAGAGCAUCAGCGAGCUGGGACCCCUGGAGCUGAUGGGCCGUGAGCUGGACCUGGCCCCCUACGGGACCCUCCGAAAAUCCCAGUCGGCCGACUCCCUGAACUCCAUCUCCUCCGUGAGCAACACCUUCGGGCAGGACUUCACGCUGGGCCAGGUGGAGGUGAGCAUGGACUACGAUGCCGCCUCCCACACCCUCCACGUGGCUGUGCUGCAGGGCAAGGACCUCCUGGAGCGGGAGGAAGCCAGCUUCGAGUCCUGCUUCAUGCGCGUCAGCCUGCUGCCGGAUGAGCAGAUCGUGGGCAUUUCUCGGAUCCAGAGGAACGCCUACUCCAUCUUCUUCGACGAGAAGUUCUCCAUCCCCCUGGACCCUGCAGCCCUGGAGGAGAAGAGCCUGCGGUUUUCCGUGUUUGGCAUCGAUGAAGAUGAGCGGAAUGUGAGCACAGGGGUGGUGGAGCUGAAGCUUUCUGUGCUUGACCUCCCGCUGCAGCCCUUCGGCGGCUGGCUCUACCUACAGGACCAGAACAAGGCCGCCGACGCUGUGGGCGAGAUCCUGCUGUCCCUCAGCUACCUCCCAACGGCCGAGCGUCUUACAGUGGUCGUGGUGAAAGCCAAGAAUCUUAUCUGGACCAACGACAAGACCACAGCGGACCCCUUCGUCAAGGUGUACCUGCUGCAGGAUGGGAGGAAGAUGAACAAAAAGAAGACGGCUGUGAAGAGGGACGACCCUAACCCAGUGUUCAAUGAAGCCAUGAUCUUCUCAGUGCCAGCCAUCGUGCUCCAGGACCUGUCUCUCCGUGUGACGGUAGCUGAGAGCAGCAGUGAUGGCCGUGGGGACAACGUAGGCCAUGUCAUCAUUGGGCCGUCGGCCAGUGGCAUGGGCACCACGCACUGGAACCAGAUGCUGGCCACGCUGCGCAGGCCCGUGUCCAUGUGGCACCCUGUCCGUCGAAACUAGCAGCCGGGGCAGGGCCCGGGUGGGCACCGGAGCCCGGCGUGAACUCAGCUCCAACACCCUUCUCUGUAGUCUGGCUGGAACCAUUGAACGCUGGGGUCCCCCGGUGGAGUCCCCAAGAGCCAUCUUGGUCCCUCUAUCCAGGCUGCGGUGGAGGAACAGGCCUGGCUGGAUGUCUAGGGACCCAGGGUUGUCUCCCACUGAGGACCAGCCGUGGCUGGGCCAGGGCCCGGGGAGGGCAGCCAGGCAUUGGCCCGCUGUGCUCCCAUUUUGAGCUCCCCAACAGGCCUGUCCCUUGGCCUUGGCGGGGCCUUGGCCUCUCAGAGCUCCCCACAUCCCAUCCCUGCUGGGAGGCCACGCACAAGGACCAUGAGUCUUGGAGGCCAGGUGCUGUGCAAGGCACAGGCUGGGGUGACACGAACAAGGCACAGCCCCUAGGACGUCGGGAAGACAAGAUCCCCUUGCCCUGGUGAUCUGCUCUUUGCGGAUGGCGGCCCCUCCACGUAGACCUGGGGAGGGCUCUGGGGCCGGGGAGCGCGGGGACAAGAUGGGAGCUGUGCUGUGAGGGUCAGGGAAAGAAUUGAGUGUCCCAGGCCAGUGGCCCGUCCGCAGCAUGGCAGGGUAAGAACAUCCCUGUCACAAACGCAGUUCUCACCCUACUGCCGUGGACACAAGGGCCUCUCUCUGGGAAGGAGGAGAGACCGAGGGACCAGGCCAAUCAGUGGCCCUCAGGCCAUGUGGGACGCUGGGUCAUCCUCUAUGAAAUAGAACUGUAACCCUUAUAAGGCCCAGGGGUCCAAAGAGUCCCAGAGCCAGGUCCUUGUGUUCAGGCAUUGGCUCCACGGCGUUGGUUGGUGUCCCUUCAGGCCAGGCCCUGCGGGGAAGAGAGAUGCCUCAGCCUCUGGGGGGUGCUGGUGGGCAAUGGGGAGGCAGAAUACAGACUGCCGAGGGGCAUGGGAGAGGCCUCUGUGGGCAGCAGGCACCUGGGAGGACACAGUGGAGCCCGAGGCCUUGGGCUGGGCCUUGCAGGAAGGGGCGACCUGAGUGGCGACCGUGAGGGGAAGUUGAGGGGGUCAGGAUGGAGUUGGGGGGGCAGGCUUGAAUGCCAGCGGGGGAGAUGGCUCUGGAGCCUGGUUCAGACCCCCAGGACACCAGCUGCCCAAGGCUGAUUCCAGAAGCAGACCCCGAGGUUCGCAGGCAAGGGGUUUAUUGGGGGAGAGCCCUCAGGAGAACCCUGUAAGGCAGAGAGGGGGCUUUGGGGCAAGCGAAGGAGCCGGCAGGUUAUGGCUUCCGGGGAGUCCCAACGGUGAGGGCUUGUGCGAAUGGCACCCCAGAGGAGUCCUGCCCAGGAGCCAAGGGCUGGACCGUUACACACCCACAGGAGUCUUGGAGGGAAGGCGUGCGUGGCCUUCUAGGUGUCACUGAGGCGGCUCCAAGCCGCCGGAGGCAGCCCCAGAGAAGCAGGCGCUGUGUGCCCCUCGCAGCUGAGGGGUGGGGGGCCCACCGGGUUACAGCGAUGGGGGGAAGGGAGGUGAGAGGUAGGUCCUCAGGCUGGCUGCCUCUGGACCUGGUGGGCUGCGGAGACCCAGGCCCAGCCAGUUACCCCCAGUGAUGUCGGGGAGCCCAGGGUGGUCACGGGACCUGAGGCAGCGUGGUGGCUCUCCCCACCUGACGCAGCUGCGGCCCGGUCCCGAGGCCGGCUGCCCACCGUGUGGCCGGCGCCAGGAGGUCUGCGCGGCCCAGGCCAGCCCAGGGCCCGGGGACACGCAGCUGGCGGGUCCCUGCCGCCGGGGAGAGGCCCCCGCCCUUCCACCCCAGUGGCUCUGCUGUGCAGACCAUUUACUCGCCUGCCUUCUCUUCCCCUUCCAUCCCUCCCUCUAACUGCAUGAAAUGCUGACUGUGCACCCGGAUGGGCGUGGUGGGGACCGAGUAUGCUGACUGGAGUAAUUCUAGAACCAAAAUAAAGCUGGGGCAGGAGGGAGGGGGCUUCCGGGGAGCCCUGCUCGCCCCAAAUCACCUUUGUCUCCAGAAAUCAGGGCCUCGGGCCUCGGUGCGGGUUGCUGUGAGCACGCGUUCCCCUGCUGCUGGGCGCCCGGAAGAGCAGGAAGGUUCUGUCUGGCUGCGGAGACCGUCACAAGGACCAGUGCCACGAGGCUGCUGGGGAAGCUCCGAGAAGCGGCCCCGAGCCAGCCUGGCAGGGAGAAUGCAGAAGGGAAUAUCAAGGAAGGCCGCCCAGUGGUGUUGCUGAGCUGUCUUCAGGGCGAGAGGGAUAAGGCCAGAAAAGGGGGGUAAGACCAAAACAGCCUUCCUGGUUGUGGGAACAGCAUGUAGAAAAGGGCAGGAGUGGACAAGAAGUUGGCCAACGCAUCAACUUUGCUAAAGUUGGGGAGGAUGGGGAGAAGGGAGCCCGGGGAAAGGCUUGGAGGGGAGACGGGCCAUGUGAGUUCAGUGAGUACUGCUGCCUGGCCUGCAACCCUGCAGACUUAGAGGUAGGUCUGUUGUUGGCUCCUUUUUUGCAGAUGUAGAAACUGAAACUCAGAGAGGCUAGGUAACUAGCCCAAGACCACACAGCCAGAGCAUCUCAGAGCUGGGAUCUGAGCUCAAGCUGUCUGGCUCCUGAGCUCAUGACUUAACUACUAGACCACAAUGCCGCCUUCCCCAGCUUCUCGACAGUGGGGCCGAGGGGCAGCAGAGAAGCCCUUCUGGAUCCCAGGCUGCUCUUGUUUUCCCCUCCCCUCCCCUGGAAGAUCACAGCAAGCAUGGAAGGAGGAGAAUCUGGGUAGAAAUUCUCAGGAGGCCUGCCCACCACAGGGCCUGAAGGAAGAGCUUCUGUGGAACACCACCCCCACCCCCUGCAGAGCCUGGCAGACAGAGGUAACCAAUGAGACAGGCCUUACAGGAGCCCAGGAAGGGUGGAAACCAGGGAAGGCUUCCUGGAGGAGAUGGAGGCACCAGCCUCACUGGGUGGCAAGGGCUGUGCAGGUGGAGAAGGGAGAGCAGCCUCAAGGCAGGGAAACUGCCUAUGCAAAGGUGCCACAGGUGUCUGGGGAGCCACGCAGCCAGCUGGGGCUGGAAAGGCCAGGUGGGGCUGAGCUGCGGAAGCUUCAUGUCCAGGGUGAGGCCGAAGGU